CGUCUCGGCGACGCCUUUGUUGGCUGAGUCGAUAUUCCGUUCAAGUGCAUGUCCACACUGCAAGACAUCCCGGUCGGAGCAGAGGACCAUCACCGCCGCCCUGAAACCGUGCCAUGCCCGAGCCAGUCUGUUGUAUGCAUCGUAUGCAUUGCAUACGCUGCGCCCAUCGCAUGCAUCGUCUCCAGCACAUGCAUCGUCUCCGGCAGCCCAGAGUCCCGCCGACAGCGUGGGCGAAGGGUUUUCUUGGUGGUGGUUUCUCCCGCGCUCGAGGCCCCGUUUGCGCUCCGUUUGCGCUGCCUUGCCUUAGGGCCUUGUCUUCGCUAUAGCCGGCAGAUGAACACCUCGGCCCCCGAUCGCUCGCCCAGCCGGAAAGACCAAAGAUCUCACGAGUCUCAUGCAACCGGCCACAUCACGCCUCACGCCGUCUACAGCUACCCACUCCAGCGCAUCGUCUUCACAAAACAGGCGCCGGCCCUGCGUCUGCAAGAUCUGCGGCCCGAGCUGCCGUUUCUGUUUGCAUAUGAGCUAUCCCAGCCACACACAGGUCCUCGCUACUACUUCCCGGCGUCAUUGGAUGACUUUUGGCCAACAUAUCUAGCCUUCAAGCCAAGCGAGCGCUGCUUUCAUGAGGUCAUUCGCCAUGAUCGGCCAUGCAAACUCUACUUUGAUCUCGAGUUUGACAAGUCAAAACACCAGACCGUCAAUACCCAAGACAUCAUGGAGCGGUUUCGGCAUAUAGUUAUCACCCACCUGACCAAGUUGUUCGACAUCCCCGCUGCGGACUGUACCGUUGUCGAUCUGGACUCAACCUCUGCCGUCAAGUUCUCGCGACAUUUGAUUAUCAAUAUUCGAGGAGUGUGCUUCGAGAGUAGCCUGCAUGUUGGGGCGUUUGUUCGAGAUCUCCGGCAGCGACUUUAUCUCAAGGCAUUUUCCAUCGACCAAUACCCAAGCUACGUUGCCAGCUCACCUAUCGCCAUUGAUACACUAGCGGAGGUGGACCCCGAAUAUGUCCGCAGUCUGUUUUUAGACGAAUCUCUUGGCAUCAAUGGCCUGUUUGUCGACUGCUCCGUCUACAGUCGAAACAGAAACUUUCGCAUCCUGGGAUCACGUAAGCCCGGCCGGACCGAGAUUUUUUCGCCCACCAACCCCGUUCAUGCCAGUAGCAUUACGCUGGAGUACUUCCGGACGACUCUUGUCUCGGCAUGUGAACAAGGUGCCCGCCGGAUCUCAUUCAAGGCUCCCCAGACCGAUCUUUCGGCUCAUUUUCCGCAUACGAGAGAGGCAAGAAGCUUCCUUGCGGUACAGAGCGAUGACUUUGCCGACUUGGAGAACUAUCUGUUGCAGCGGCUGCGGGAGCGCUCUCCAUCAGCUGCGUUGGGUGAUCCUGUUUACGAAUUGACGACAGACGGUCCGCGGCUAUUUUAUCCGAUCAAGGGCGAUCGUUACUGCGAAGUGCGCGGCAGACAACACAAAAGCAAUGGGACGUUCUUCAACAUCUCGAUGUCGUCGGGCACGUUUACUGAAUGCUGUUUCGACCACGACUGUCGUGGCCAUAUGAGGAUCACUCACCUAUUGCCAGUUUCCAUCAAAGAGUGCCUACAAUCUAUUCAGAAAAAAAUCGGGACACCACACCCGCUCCCUUGAACAUGUAGUAUGUGAGGACUUAUGUCCAAUGGAGACACAUGCAAUUCAACAGAUCACCUCCGAGUAAAAGCCACCGGUCGCUCCCCGUCUCCACAUUCGAUCUGCACUGCUCAAAGUACCGAGCAAACCGCUGCCUCCGAGGGCUGGAUGCACAGCCCAUGCCUG